AUGAAAUUCCAAUUAUUAACUUUAGUUUCAAUUGCUACUACCACUUUAGCCAUCAACUUAGAACAAGUCAGAUUAAUCAAUGACGAUGAAUUGAUGGUUCAAGAUGCUCAAUUUGAUUAUCCAGCUAUUGUUAACUUGAAAGAUCAAGAUGCUGAAAUUGCCAAGAAGACCAUCACUUCUUCUUCUAGUACUACCACUACCACUACUGCUAAGAAAGAUAAAAAGACCACUUCUACUACUAGUGCCUCAUCUACUACUACUACUUCUACUAAAUCUAACUCCACUUCACCAUCUUCAUCUUCAUCUAAAAAACAUAAAUCCGAAACUGCUUCUAUUACUAAAACCGGUGGUGCUGAUUCUGUUGCUGCUGCUGCUGCUGUUGGUGGUCCAAUCUUGGCCGCUUUAGCUUUAUUAUUGUAA